GUGAUGGGGGCCCGGCUCACCCGGAGGCUUUGCUUUGCGAUCUGCCUCGCCGGGUGGUUGGCCGCCCACCGCAAGCAGGAUUCUCCAUGUAUUCUUAUGACCAUACUAUAAUAUUUAGGCUUCUAGGUUAAUUGCUAUUUCUUGUUACUGCAGACUGGAACCUCCUUGCCUUUUUAGGUUUGAGAAUUUGCUGAAAAAACGGUGUUCUGGGAAUUAGUCAUUUAUUUGCUGGAGAAUCAUGAUUACUUAAGGCCCAGGUAUCAAAUCGUAGGCGCCUCUCACUUUCUAGUUUGCAGAUGUAGAUUGACAAAAAUAAAAUCCGUCUUAUUUAAGGUGGAACAUUUAACAUUCGAAUAGCCAUUGAUGACACUGUGCUAAUAUAUUUAAGAUAAUGGACAGGGCAGCACCUGCUGUACCCUCUAGGGACUGAUGCAUUAUCCACUUUAAAAAUUGGUUAACCGAACAGCAACAACGCACACAUUUUACUUUAUUUCAAGUAAAGGUGCUCUGAUGUGGGGGAACACAAGCCAACUUAGAGCCUUCCUACCAGUCUCAUCUACCAGUUGUAUCGUUUAAAAGGUACAUGGCUAAGCGCUGGACACCGGCUGCACCUUACCCAGGAUUCCACAGUUCUCUCAUGGUGAAUUCUUGAUGGAUUUCACUCCUGGAUGCUGGUGACUCUUGGGCAGGAGCCAUGGCUCUGAUCAGGCUGGGGUUUGAAAGGCAGCAUCUUUGUCUGCUAAAGAGAAGGAGUUCCUUGCUGUUGAAACUCACAGCUGUUGUCUUUGCCGUGCUUCUGUUUUGUGAAUUUUUAAUCUAUUACUUAGUGAUCUUUCGGUGUGAUUGGCCUGAGGUGAAAACUCCAGCCCACGACAGUGGACAGAAGACUCUGAAAGCCAUGUUUUUGGCUGAUACCCACUUGCUUGGGGAAGUGCGAGGCCAUUGGCUAGACAAAUUACGAAGGGAGUGGCAAAUGGAGAGAGCCUUUCAGACGUCUCUGUGGUUGUUGCAGCCAGAAGUCGUCUUCAUUCUAGGGGACAUCUUUGAUGAAGGGAAGUGGAGCUCCUCCCAGGCCUGGGCAGAUGAUGUGGCACGGUUUCAGAAAAUAUUCAGACACCCACGUCACGUGCAGCUGAAGGUGGUUGCUGGCAACCAUGACAUUGGCUUCCACUAUCAGAUGAGCACAUAUAAAAUAAAACGAUUUGAGAAAGUUUUCAACCCCGAAAGGCUGUUUUCUUGGAAAGGAAUGAAUUUUGUGCUGGUCAACAGCGUCGCCCAGGAAGGGGAUGGCUGCCACAUUUGCUCUGAAGCGGAAGCCGAACUCAUCGAAAUUUCUCACAAACUGAAUUGCUCCCGCGAGGAACGUGGCCCCGGCCCGUGCCGGGGGGCACCGCUGCUGCCCGCGUCGGCCCCGGUGCUCCUGCAGCAUUUCCCGCUUUUCCGGAGGAGCGAUGCGAAUUGUUCCGGGGAGGACGCUGCGCCUCUGGAAGAGCGGGCCAUCCCGUUUAAGGAGAGAUACGACGUGCUUUCCCGGGAGGCCUCACAGCAGCUGCUCUGGUGGCUGCGACCUCGCCUCAUCCUGAGCGGCCACACGCACAGUGCGUGUGAGGUGCUCCAUGGCGCCGGAGUCCCCGAGAUCAGCGUGCCGUCUUUCAGUUGGAGGAACAGAAACAACCCCAGCUUCAUCAUGGGCAGUAUGACGCCCACAGACUACGCCCUCGCCAAGUGCUACCUCCCCUACGAGAACACCGUUCUGGCCACAUACUGUGUAGCAGCUGGGCUCCUGGUGGUCCUCAUAUUAGUUCACUCUGGGCUUCUACCCUCACCUCUUCUUUUUGGCUGGAACCUGCUCAGAAAAUUUAAGACAACGUAAAGAGCAGGAGACUUUUGUAUUUCCUAAUACGUAACAAAGCCCAAGAAACUGGACCUUGGGCAGGGCUCACGUGAGAUGAGAUCAAAGGAGGCUGUCUUUACACACAUCACAGAAAUUGUAAAUCACUGAUGCGAAUUCCUGCAGAAUAAAUAGUUGAUGGUACUGUUCUCAUGCUAUAAAAAUGGAACGCGUACUCUACAACAAGUCUGUUUUCUCAUUUUAUCAAACAUAUGUAUAAUCAAA